AUGGCGUCCACUAUAGAGGGCCAGCCAGAUACCGCCGGAGGCUCGCUACCACCUAAUCCAUCUCUGACGUCACUCCAGUCAUCCGCAACAAACACAUCCUCGAUAGCCACCAAUACAUCCAAGCGGGCAUUUGAUCUUGAACCCAAUCCAUUUGAGCAAUCUUUUGCUUCGAAGGAUGCAAAGGAUGAAAAUGAUCCUGGGGCUGUUAUUGCAAACAACUCCAAUCGAUCCGUGCCUGCAGGUAUAGCUUCACAGGUGUCACCCCCCAUUCUGACUCCAGGAGGAAGAUUGGCCUCCGCAAGUCUUCUGCCACAUCUUCCAGGUCUUACUUCGGGGCCAAACUCUUUGCCAGGGACGCCUGGUUUGAUGUGGAGUACGUUGAUGAACGGAACCACUCCUCAAGGUUAUCCCAAUUCUCAAGGUCAGCUGCAACAAGGUCAGCAGCAGCUCCAGGUGCCUCAGCAAAUCAACCAGCCACUUCAGAAUCAACAGCAAAUGCAGCAAACCCAGUCACUUCAGCAGCUUCAAUCUCAGCAGCAGCAGCAACAACAACAGCAACAGCAGCAACAGCACUUUGCUUUCAGUCCGCCUAUGGGGAUGUCAAACGGGAAUGGCAUCAUGUCUCAAUUCAGUAUGGGAGCCAGAAGAUCUGGACUGACCCCGAACGAGUCCUCAUUACGUUCCGGACUUGCCAGCGGCAAUCAGGUCCAGCAGAAUGGUCAAUACCCGAUGAUGUUGAACCUGCCUUCAGGGGCUCUCACGCCUGGAGGGCUCAGCUCGCUUCUGGGAAUGACCCCAGGUGCCGCAACUAACAUGGUGAACUCGAUCUCGCAGCCCAUGAUGGCGAACGUUCCAAAAACCGAGGGUUCAUCCAAGAAGUCUAAGAAGUUCAAGCCCAACGGUUACGAUGCUGAGAAGCAGCAACACUCCAAGGCCCAAGAAGCUGCUGAAGAAUCCGAUGUCUCGUCAAACAAACGUUCCAGUCAACAACUUACUGAUGAUGAGAAGAGAAAGAACUUUCUGGAAAGGAACAAGGCUGCUGCAGCGAAGUGCAGACAGCGCAAAAAGCAGCAGAUGAACAAGAUGCAGGAGGAUCUGCAGUUCUACGCCUCGCAGUUUUCUGGACUCACGCAACAGGUUGGCACGUUGCGUAAGCAGGUCCUGACGCUACGGACAAUUCUCCAUUCGCACAAGGACUGUGCCAGCCUGCUCACCUCCAUUGGAGGGUACGAGACUCUGGAUGCAGUUCUUAAUGCCACGAAUUAUGCGGCAGAUGUUGGAACAAACACACCUCCUCAAGUGGCCACUGCAACUGCCGUUGCUUCGACCACUAAUGACAUUUUGGAGGGCCAGCAGCAGCAGCAAAACCUUCCACCUAGCAAUGGGUACUGA